UACUGAGCAUGCGCAGAGCAUCCGCGCAUGCUCAGUGAGAGCCAGGUGCUGUGCGUGGGGCGGGAGGAUGGGGCCGGUGCGCGUGCUGGAGCUGUACAGUGGCAUCGGGGGGAUGCACCAGGCGCUGACAGAUCCAGCCAUUUUUCUUUAUGGGAAGUGUGUGAAAGCUGUAUAUCAGCAGAAGUUGUUGCUGCUGUUGAUGUGAACACUGUUGCUAAUGAAGUGUACAAACACAACUUUCCCAGCACACCAUUGUGGGCAAAGACAAUUGAGGGCAUAACACUGACGGAGUUAAACAGAUUAUCUUUUGAUAUGAUUUUGAUGAGUCCUCCAUGUCAGCCAUUUACAAGAAUUGGCCUGCAAGGUGAUGUAUCUGAUCCAAGGACAAACAGUUUUCUUUACAUCCUUGAUAUUCUCCCAAGGCUCCAGAGGCUACCAAAAUAUAUACUUUUAGAAAAUGUGAAAGGAUUUGAAACAUCUUCUGCCAGAGACAAACUUGUAGAAACUCUAAAGAAGUGUGGAUUUAAAUACCAAGAAUUUCUCUUGUCUCCAACAUGUCUUGGCAUUCCCAAUUCCAGGCUGCGAUAUUUUCUGAUUGCAAAGCUUCAGUCAGAGUUAUUUUCCUUUCAAACUCCUGGUCAGAUAUUGGAAAAUUUCCCAGACCAGGAGCCAAAAGCUUCAGUGAAGCACAGAGUCGCUGCAGGCUUGGAAAAAGAGAGCUGCUUCAUGCCACCUAAAGAGGAGUACAUUGAUCCAAACUCUGGUUCUGAUGGUGGCAGUGGACAGUGUUCGCAGAAGGAAGCGUUUGUUUUUAAACUCGAAACAGCGAAAGAAAUGGAAAAAAAGUGGAACCAGGACAGUAAUCUCUCUAUUCAAAUGCUAAAAGACUUCCUUGAAGAGGAUGGAGAAGAAAUGAGUCAGUACUUCUUGCCACCAAAGGCCUUACUGCGCUAUGCUUUUCUCUUAGACAUUGUGACACCCAGCUGCAGGAGAUCCACAUGCUUCACAAAAGGGUAUAGUCACUAUGUAGAAGGAACAGGGUCAGUGCUGCAGACAGCAGAGGAUGUGCAGCUACAAUCAGUGUUUAAAUCCAUUGAGAUGCUAUCAGAAGAAGAGAAGCUUAUGAAAUUGUCAACACUAAAACUGCGAUAUUUUACUCCUAGAGAAGUAGCAAAUCUCCAUGGAUUCCCUCCAGAAUUUGGCUUUCCUGACAAGAUAACAAUGAAGCAACGCUACCGCCUCCUGGGAAACAGUCUCAAUCAUCCCCAGUAAUAAACGGUGUAUAGGCCAGAUUAGGCCCACAUCUUCUCCACUAAUUUGCAGCCCUGUUAACUCUACAUGACGUCCUCUGAUACCUAUACAAUUCCAUUGCCUCCCAAGGGAUGGUAUAAGGGUAAGUAAUUAGAACUUGGAAGACAACUUUUAUGGAUGAUGCACAAGAAGAAUAGAUUCCAGUUCUCACUGUCUCAGCAUUUUUGCUCUGCAGUGAUAAAAUGAGUAAAACACAGUCUGUGGUGCUGGAACAAUUUUUAUAAUGGGAGCCAUUGAACCAAACCCUGUAUAUAAUGGAAACCACUUCAACCCAGGGGGUGCUGCAAACCCUCCCCCCCAGUUCUAGCACCUAUGAACGCAGUUCACGUUACUUUACUUAAGUCAGAAGAUAAGACUGAAUAUACACAGGGAGUAGAUAAAGAGGAAGGUGGUGUAAUCUUUACUGAGUCACUUUUCAGUAUAGAACCAUACUUGAAAAACUUGCCAAUUGUCUUAAUUAAUAUCUUAGUUAUCUAAACAAAUUUUAUGUAAUUUGUAGUAGUCAAGAAAUUUUCUAUACUCAUUAUAAAGAAAAUUCAGUAAUACUGCAGAUAAACUAUUUAUCUAGCACAUAUGUAAAAGUGAUUAAUGAAUGUAAUCAUUGUCUUCUCUAAAGAGAAUUUUGAAUCCUGAUGCAGACUUUUCCAAAACUUGGCGAUAUUUGGAUCUGGGGUUGGUUCAGGAUCAUAUCAAGUCCUGUAGUUUCAGUUACAGCAACAAAUGACUAAAACAAAUAAACACAUCAUAAAUUGUUAUAGUAUCUCAGUAGUGAGCUAUUCAUCCCAUAUUCAUCCUCUGAUUUCUCUACAGCUCACAAAAUUGUUAGAUGUGCAAACUGCUGUUAACUAUUUGGGUAAAUUGACCACCUUUAUAAAUAUUAGAUUCCCUUCCAUUUCCUUUCUUAAUUUGUUUAAAGUCAAAACCCAUUACAAGACUAAUAUAUCUUGCUUCAUGGAUACUUGAAACCACUUAUGGGUUUUGUGCACCGUCUUGAAAGAAUAUGCUUAAAUCAAUAGAGAUUCCAUUUUUUGCACUUGUGAAGGUGCAUCCAGCACUACUGGGCAGUCUCAGACAAAUCGUCUCUCAAGUAAAACCGCACAGGAAAGGAAUCUAGGGGAAAUAAUAGUGGAGUACAAACAGGUAGGAAUAAAGCUUAAAUUGAGCUGCAGUUUGUGCACCAAAUUCAGCCAUCAUUUCCGUCCUUGCAAACAUGGAUUUAGCAGUGUUAACAUUUUCACUUUAAAAAAAAAAGGGGCGAGGGGACAAACUGUGUUUCCCUAGUUAAUAUCUAGUUUGAAUAGGUAACUGAUAUAUCCAGAGUACAUGAGUAACUAAAUAAUGAAUUGUGAAACUUUAGCAGUCUAAAAUACUUGAAUUCUUUUGAUAAAUAUUAUAUAUACCCCUGUUUAUUUGAUUGUCAUGGGGAAGAGUCUGUCAUGGUGUAAUGGACUUAUUUGCAUGUCUCAGGAAAAAAAAUACAGAGACUUCAGAUAGCCGGCCAUCUAUCAACACUUAUGAGACAGUGCCUGGACUGUUCUCUUUGAUAGUCUACCUCCGCCCCUGGCAUGCCCACCAGAUGAAUUUGGCAAAGAGUGGGAGGAGGGGGCAGUAUAUGGACACCGAGAACCUGCCUGAUUUAAACAAGACUGUCCCUGAAGCUGAAGGGUGGCAGCCACACAGAGAUUAGAAAGGUAUUGAUUGUCUCUCCACCCCACCCCAGACUGAGGAUUGGGGUGUCUGCUAAAUCUUGGGUAAGAUGCAUGUAGGUCUUCUGUUGUUUUAACCCUUUUCUCUGUUAUGUCCCUGUGGAUUAAUAAAUACUUUGUUGGAA